UUCUGGUGAGGCGGGGAAUUCAAGCUUAUUAAAAGAAGGGAAGCUGGGCAAAGAUAUUCAGACAGGAGCAGAGUGGCAGUAGGGAUGUAAUCAGACAAGUAUAGAGUCCCUGGUUUGAAAAAGAGAGCACUGAAAAGAGGUUGGGCCAAGCACUCCCAGGCAGCCAAAGCUGUGAAUGGAAGCAUCAUGGCACUUCUGUGGUUUUGAUAGAAUUUUAUCUAGACUCUGACUAAGGAUCCAGGAGAAAGAGAGCAAACCACUUUUGUACCAUCUGGAUUAGCUCAUUUCUUUAGGGGCAGCCUGAAACUCCUGAUUUCUGCUACUGAACUGCUUUUGAAGUAGUCCUAUGAUAACCUCUUCCCCAUCUUUGACCCUGAAGAAGAAACUGAAAUGCUCUUUCUGAUCUGACGAUCAGGUGCAACUGAUGUGUGUGUACUCACGCAGUUACUUUUUUACAAGCUUUUUUUUUUUAAGAAAAAUGUUGAUAUUCUUGAAUGUCUUCCAUGAAAAUUUUUAUUGAAGAUACAUUGGAUAACUUUUGCUUGCAGUUAAUAUUCCUUUGUGGAAUUUUCACAGAUAUACAGACUACUGUAUAUUUUUUGAAAGACCACAGAUAAACUUUGUCUUUGUGUUCCUGAGAAGGUCCCGACAGUCAUAUCUAACUCUAGUUCUCUGUAUAAACCAAGGGAUCAAUUAUGUGCCAGAAUAUGGCUAAGCCUUUCCUUUCUGGCUGCCCACUUCAAUUAUUGGCUCUGGGUCUACUAGCAAUGCUUUUUUGUGCUAGCACUGUGGAAAAUGAGAAACAGGAAGACAGAAGGAACCAGGAAAAGGCACCCCGGUGGAAUGAAACGAGCAGUCUUCCCAUGCCAUCAUCCCAGGACUCAGAAAAUACUCCGCAAAAAAUUCAUAGCUCUGAUUCCCGAAAUGCUUGGAUGCUCCUCAUGAACAAUGAAGUGAGGAGCAAAAAAAUGAAUAAAAACAAGUCAAGAAAGAUUAAGUUUGGCAUUCCAAGCUUAUUAGAGUCUGCAGAGUCAGCACAACCUCAUCCAGAUGCCAGUACUAUUAUUCAGGAGAAAUUGCUGAGGGAGUUCCAGCUGCUGCUCAAAGGAAUAAUUAGGAAGCAAGAAAGGAUCAAUAUGAAAACCAGCAGCAAAAAGUGCCAGCAUGGAGAAGCUAGAGAUGGAAAAGAAGAGAAUUUCUUUCCCCAAAAUAGAGUCCCACUGAUAAAAAGCAGGGAACGAAUAGAAGCAGCAUUCCACUGCCAGACCCAGAAGAACAUUUCAGUGGAUCGACGGUCCCUUCAAGAACUUCAACUUUAUUAUAUACCUAAGAAAGAGGAGCUGUUCCAUCGUGGCCUAGGUCUAAACCUAAACAAUGGUCAAUAUAUGGCCCCUGUCAGUGGAUACUACAUCUUCAGUGCCAGACUGUAUGUUGUUCCUCAAAUCCAUCCCACAAAGUACCAGUCACGGGCCCGAGAUCGCCUGCGCUUGCUGAUCUGUGUCGAGUCACUCUGCCGCCAGAAAAGUUCUCUGGAAACAGUCAGCAGUUUGGACAAAGCCAGUGGAUAUUUCACUAUUUCAGUCAGUGGAAUUCUCUUUCUGCAGGCUGGCCAAUAUGCUUCAGUUUUCAUAGAUAAUGCAACGGGAUCCUCCUUCAUUGUACGAAGUGGGUCAGACUUCAGGGGCAUCCUCUUGGGUAUCUAAGUGACCCACAACUGCCUAUUUUUAAGCUGAAAUCCUGCCUUUAAUCAGCUCUAAGCUUAGCUUCUGUCUUUUGCUCAAGUGGAAUUGGAAACACUAGAAGGAAGCACAAACCCUUGAUUAAACAUCCCAAAGUGAAAAAAAUUGAUUGUAGAAAGAGUUCAGCAUGUGGCAAAAUAUUCAGAGGAAGCAAGCUCAUACAUGACAUUUGACUGAAGACAAUUUAUAUUUUCCUCUAGCACUAAAAGUUUGAAAUUUCACCCUUCAGUUUCCUAGUUUACCUUUGGAGCUGGUUCUCAACCCUACUUUAAUCCCAAGAAUAUACAUUACUUGCUGUUCCCUCCACGACAGAAUGUUGUAAUGUUUGUAAAACAUUGGCAUUUCCUGAAGAUGCUGUCUUAUCAGCUCACAGUCUUUCAUUAAGGGUAUCAAACACUUCUACUACUCUGCAUAUAUGUACUUACAGAAAUCUCCAGUGUUUUAACUUUUGUUCAUUUGUAUCUUAUUUUUCUUCUAAGAGCUCAUGAUGGUGAACUCUCUCCUCCAAUAAUUUCCCCCACCAAUAUCUUGGUUGGGUUGAUAAGAUCAUGUCAGGCCUAAAGUCCCAUAUCUAAAUCAUUGCCCUACAUUAACCAAUCUGAAAUGACCUUUUAUAUGGUGCUCUAUGGCCCUAACCUGGUGACACUAUAUACAUUAUUAUCAACCACAUUGACACAGAUAAUUACAAUAGUACUGGCUUGCUUAUAAAUGUUGCUAACCCCAUAAACUGUUGCCUUACACCUAUCAGAUUACAUUGUUUCGGUGCAGUAAAUCCAAUGAAUGGAGGAAGGGGAAGUGCAUUUUGAAUUUAAUUCCUAAUUGUAUCAGAGCAAGUUUAUAAAGUUAUGUACUCAGGCAUCCACCGAUUACAAUAAUGGAACUUUUCUUUCAGAGUAAUAGUCUUUAUUUUCCCUGUAGCUAUCAGAAAUGUAGUAUGAUAUCCAACAAAACCAACACAGCACCACCCUCUAGUCCUACAACACCACUGGCACGUAGGCAAAUUUUUAAGCCAUUUCUCUAAUUUAUGUAUCAGAGAAAUGCAGAGGGCACAUCCUUAUCUAUUUCAGCCUGAAAGCCACUUCUUUAACUGCUGUUUUUUUUUCAUAAUCGCUUUCUAUAAGCAAAUACAUAAUAUUUUUUAGCAAACAGAUUGGGAGUUAUAGCAGCAGGCAGACAUCAACUCAGUUCAAACACAGGUUGGUUUAUAGGCCCACAGUAAUCAUGUAUCAGCAAGUUCUAGUUUAACUCCUGUCAAAUAUUCAGGAAACUCUAUAAUGAAGGCAUUUUGGGAUCUUCCUUUUCCCAAAAACACUCUUAAAAGUAAAAGAAGAUAUGAGACCCAGAAAAGGGGGGGGAGGGUUGAUACCCAGUUUUCCACAUUCAAAAGGAUUUUGUUUUCUUUUCCAUACAGAGAAAUUUCUAAUAAGCUACUUGUCUGCUCAGAAUUUGAAAAUUUGAAAAGAAUGCAAGGAUUGGAAAGUCAAAAUUCAAUUUCACUUUUAAAGACCACUAGAGGGCAGAAGCAUCUGCACAACAUUUAGAAUUCUAGGCAUCAAACUGAUUAAGUUGAGCGGUAUAAUAGCUCUAUUUUAGCGAAAACAUAUUCUCAGUAAGUUGUGCAUCCACCCUUCUCAUUCUGGAAAUGCUACUGGCUUGAUAAGGCCUAGGCAAUGCCCCGCCCUGCAGCAUAAUCGAUCAUCUGCAAAUUGCAGCUUUUUUAUAUGCUUAUGUAUUUACUUGUAUAUGGGGGGGGGAUGCAUGCACGCAUGCAUGCACUAUAAAGUAUAUUUUUACAGCAACUAUAGUUUGCUAUAUUAAAAGAAAUAGUGAAUGAACACAUGCACCCACUUUUAAAUGUGUUUUAUUUAGUUACAAAAGAAAUAUGCCGAACAAUGAAGCUGAAGCACAGGAAAAAAAAUGACUCUUUAGUAGAUUUAUUAUAUAAAAUAACCAUGGAGCUAGUUCUGAUAGUAAUUUCAACAGAGAGCACCAAUUCAUGGAUAUCAAUUUUAUGUUUAAUUAUUUACAGGUACUUUUGAAAUUCUACCUGUCUUUACCAGUCAAAUGGGUAGGCUUAACUUCAACUCAGAACGUAUAUUGAAAAAUGUUUGACUGAAGAUGUACUUUUAAAUUGAAAAAUAUUCUUUCCUGGUUUGAAUUCCAUUUGUUGAACACCUUCUAUCAAAUAGUUAACAGUAUGGUAUUACUUGCAAAGGAUACUGAAAACUAAACUGAGAACGUAAGGGCUGAUUAGCAAAUACUUUAUUACUUGAUAACCUCAGCUGCUGACAUCCAUGCAUGAGCCAAAUUAUUAUUUGUUGAUCUCCACCCCAAUGUCACUUAGAAACACAAAAGCUCCGAGUUGGAAGGACCAUGCAGCUCAUCUAACAUUUCAUUGCUCAAUACAAGAAUCCAUUAAGUCUUUCUCAAUAACCAGCUUAACUAGUCCUUACUUGAAGCCUGAAUCUUACAUUUAAUCCAGCUCACUGAUUCUUGUUCUUUCAAUGUCAACUGAGAACAGGUCCAUCCUGUUUUGUAUGUAGCACAUUGUAGCUGUUUAUACGUAGUACAGGCCACUAUUGUACUUUCCUUACCUUUCUCUAUUGCAAGUUAAAUCUGCCCAGUUUUUAGUUGUUCUUCAUGGGUUCAGUAUGCCUCAUCCUAGUAGCUUUCCUCUAAAUCCACUCUGGCUCCUUCAUGUGCUGUUUAAGCAGGAUGUCCAGAAUGGGCAUAGGAUCCCAAGUGCAGAAUAGCUGUAAUUAUUACUUCCCAUGAGCUACAAAGCUUCAUUUAAUGCAGCCCAAAAUUUACCUGUCCUUUUUUCUGUUUGCUCACACUGAAUUGGUGCAUUCUAUUCCUACUCUCCCAAUCUCUUUUCCCCCUAAUUUUCCCUUACACUUGUCACCAUUAUCAUCUCACCCAUAAUAGCUUGAUUCUAUUCCUAUUAAUUAAAUCAUCAGAAUAAUGGUACUUAGAAAGUACAUCUAAAGCUGACAUAUUAGAAGUGGACAUCUUUUAUGCAUCUAUAAGAGAUGAGAAUGCUAUUUCACCAAAAAAAAAAAA